AUGCCUCUAAUUGUGAAGUUCAAUGGAGACAGUUAUGGAGCGACCUUUCAGAAGUGUGUUCCUCCUCCUAUGUUAGCUCGUAUCCUCUGGGUGCUUACAGAUGAUCUCAACCAGAUUCUGUCAGCUGAUGAGCAUUACUCGAUUGUGCCAUACGAUCUUCCUCUGAAGGGUAUGGAAGAGCUGAGGUCUUUUCUCGAGUUUAAUAACCUCUCGGAUGUCAGCAGUAAAGGUACCUUUUAUACUUGGUCGAACGAGAGACUAGAGCAUCCCAUUUUACGGAAGUUGGAUAGGGUGCUGGUGAAUCAAUCUUGGCUGAGCAAGUCUCCAGAAUCAGUUGCAAUAUUUGAUCCUCUAGGUGACUCUAACCACUCUUCGGCCUUGAUCUCAUUGUCCCCAGAGGCUACCUCAGGCAGAAAAGGCUUUAAAUAUUUAUCCUUUGUGUCUACUCAUGUGUACUUCUUUCCAUUCCUAAGAGAGACUUGGAGCAAUCAGAAUAUGGUGGGUUCUCAGAUGUUUAUGUUUGGACAAAAUAUGGGAAGGCCAAAAGAAUGUUGCAGGCGGGUUAACAGAGAAGGUUUUAGCAAUAUUCAACAAAGAACCAAGGAUGCGCUUACAGAGUUAGAAAAUAUUCAGAGAUCCAUGCUCACGCAGCCGGAUGAGAGUUUGAUCAGAGCAGAACAUGAGGCUAGGGAAUCGUGGUCAUUCUUUGCUUCAGCUCAAGAAAAUUUCUUCAAACUCAAGUCUCGAAUCAGAUGGUUAAGUGAAGGUGAUGCUAAUACUUGGUUUUCCAUAAAGUUGUCAUAG